AUGUCCGCAACAUUGCAACCCCAGCGCGCCACCAACACUUCCGGUCGCGAACACCACAUAAUCGACUGGGAUAUCGAGCUCCGUGACAUAAGUCUUCAUGAUAAUUGUGUUGUGGGAAGAUUGUGCGCCCUGGCUGAGGAGCGAUCCUGUCCGAAGGCAAGCUUGUUCGCAGCCUAUGAAAGAAGCGGGCUGUGGGAUGCUUGCGACCCCAAACACCGAGCUUGUCACAUAGGCGAGCCCUGCUUGGUCACUGGCGAGAAAUCCUGCGCCAGGAUCCUCUACGUGGCUAAAUAUGAGCACGCCAAUGGUACCUGCUUCUCUCGCGGGCCAGAUCAUGUGUUCUGUUCAACAACAGCAACAUCCGAUCUUGACCGGCAGUACUUAUUCCCGAAAUGUUCGGCAUGCCUCAUUCUGACUGAAGCCCGGAGUCUUGUUCUCAUACACCGACGGAUGCUUGACGAGUGUGUGGAAGAUGAAGGGCUGUCAAGCACGGACAUUGAUUGCAUCCGCACAAGUCUCUGUGGGUACAUACGAGCUUACAAUGUCAGGAGGAAACUGCACCUGGAGGAACUUCAAGAAGGAAGCCAAAUGAAGCAUGACUUGGAAAUGGAUUAUGCCUGUGGUAAUGAGGAGAUUUCGAGUGUCCAGAGCCACGCUGCAGGACGAAAAGGGUGGUGGAAGUCAGUUGUCAAAAGAGCCAUGAAAGCUAUCAUUCGCAUUCUGUCUUGA